UAAAAGUCACUGAGAUGUUUUUUUUUUUUUACAGUUAUGAGAUGUGAGAUGUGAGAUUUCGCUCAAUCUCAGCCUUCCACUCUUUAACAUGUCUUAGCCAAGACAACAAAAAUAUGUCAAUACGACUCCAGGUUCCAGAAAAGAAAAUUGUCCUUUGCUGUGAGUUUAACACUACUAAAUACGCCAUGAAAGAAGCUAUUGCAAGGAGUAAAACUGUAAAACACGAUGAAACGGAUCGCCGCCAGGCUGAAUCCCCGGCCUUUACCGCCCGUCUCGCUGCCGUGUUCCCGUCCUCAGCCGCCGGCCAGCGUCUCAUCCUCUUCUUUGCUAUCGGGGUUUACCAAGUUAUGCUAUCAGCAAGACUUACCCGGAGCGAUGAAAGCUCUGGACGAUUUGGAAACCCAUGGACUCCAGGCCAACCCGGCCGUCUAUUCCGACCUCCUCAAAGCUUGCCUCUGUCGCAGUGCCGUCCCUCUGGCCCUCCGCCUUCAAUCUGUAAGGAUCGUUGUCGAGGGAAUCUGGCGAAUGGAGGGAAAUGGCGGAAAAAGGAACGGAAGCAGAGAAAUGGGAAGAAGAAGGCUCGAUUUUAUUGAUAUCUAUCUAUCUACAAUUGGG